GCCGCGCUCGCCAUGGCUGGCAAAGCACACAGGCUCAGUGCCGAGGAGAGGGACCAGCUGCUGCCAAACCUGAGGGCGGUGGGGUGGAAUGAGCUGGAAGGCCGAGAUGCCAUCUUCAAGCAGUUCCACUUCAAAGACUUUAAUCGGGCUUUUGGCUUCAUGACGAGGGUGGCCCUACAGGCGGAGAAACUGGACCACCACCCCGAAUGGUUUAACGUGUACAACAAGGUCCACAUCACCCUGAGCACCCAUGAGUGUGCUGGCCUUUCGGAACGGGACAUAAACCUGGCCAGCUUCAUCGAACAAGUGGCGGUGUCCAUGACCUAGGCCCUGCCCUUCGUCUUUGAAAUCUUCAGGGGGAGUGGGGGCGGGGAUUGAAUUGGGAAUCCAGGGAGGGAACUGGGGAGCCAGGGGACGGUCUACAGCCAGAAUUGCCAAGUGACCCCCAUGGCCUCUGUUGGGUGGAGGGUCGUGGCUGUGGAAGGAGAUGCCAGCCUCACUGCCGACCACUCUGCAUCCCCUGUGCUCUGUUCCCUGUGCGCUGAGCACCAUCUUCCCUUUCUGGAAGACUUCACAGCAACAGUAAUGAUUGUCUUGCCAGGCUAAUUGAUCUCCUGUUUCAAAUUCAUAUCCCAAGAAGCUGUGUCUCAGAUGCACGGUCUUAUCUUAGAAAACAGAACCCUAAAGUCAACCCCCUGCUAUGUGAGGUGUGCCUCAAAUAAAACUGUUGUUUCACUUGGC